UCCAACUCCGUUAGAAGGGUAGAAAGGGCCAGAGCCUCCUUAGCAAGAAGUCGCGCAGGCGGGAUUCCGGCUCGUUCCAGAGCGGCCCACCAAUUUUGCCGUGAACGUGGUUGAUAGAUUUCCACAGAGAAAGAAGAGAAGAAAAGAGGGGAAAAGAAGGAGAGAAGGGAAUGGAGGUAGCAGCAGCUGCAGCAGCUUCGCCCGUCCCGAACAGCAACGACACGAACGGCAGCACUCCACCUCGGCGCUCAAAGCAAACUCUCCGCGGCCUCAACAAGCCCAAAUGCAUCAAGUGCGGCAACGUCGCCCGUUCCAGGUGCCCAUAUCAGUCAUGCAAGAGUUGCUGUGCAAAAGCUGAAAAUCCAUGUUAUAUACAUGUUCUCAAACAGAAUUCCACUUUGCCGGACAAGCCACCAUCUUCAGGCUCUCCUUUGUUCGAUCAAUCGUCCUCUGACGUGUCUACCACAGGGUCUUCUCUAAGGGUCUCCUCACUUCGGCAACUUUCCAACAAUUUUGCACAAUUCAAUAGAGCUCAUAUUCCUCUCCGAGCAAGGAGACCGUUGUCACGGAAGGAUGCUGCAGCUAUAAAUGCGUGGAGGUUUUCCAAGUUGAAAGAUCACAAUGACAGUAACGUUGAAGCUGAAAACGAAGCAUUCGACAGGUACAUGCAGAAUGUUAGUUUACUGGAGGAAGCAUUUUUUGUCGAUCCUUCUUCAGAAGGACUUGCACCAGAUGGCCCACUUACUGGACUGGAAGCUACCACUUCUGGCGUGGAUGAGCCCUUCAAAAUGAUAUCAGGUAUGAAGGCAAGGCUAAAAUCAAACAUUGAGAGAGCAGAUAACUUCAGGAAAAGAUUACGAGAUCUUGUUGACCAAGGGUUGAGGAAGUUACAGAGAAGUGAGUUUGACGAUGAGGGGAGGUUGGCAAGUGCAGAAGAUUCCAAGAGUGAGAAAGAGCUUAGAAGGCCCCAAAAGGCAGACAAAUGGUGGUGUGAAAGGUCUGCCGCAGUAAAUGAUCUUCUUGAUAAAUUGACCAAAGCCCGAACCAUGGAUGAACUGAAGGUCUGCAUGGAGACUAAGUUACCAUUGUUUGGUUGGAAUGAAUCCGCCGAUUCUUUGGCCUUUGAAGAAGCUGUUUCUCAUGAAAAUGAGGACGGUCAGACGUCAUAUGGCCAGAGUGCUGGAGAUACAUCAAUACCCAGACAAGAAUCAGGAUCAUCUUCAUCGUCAUUAUCUCUACCAAAUCUGUGCAGGGCGGUUGAGAUCAAUCAAGAGGCUCUUUCCAAUAUCAACACGGACUUCUCUUCACUCGAUAAAAUAGCUGAUCUAUGACAAUGGGUGAAAUUGUAGAAUGGAAACUUAAAUGAGGUGGGUCGUCCUAUGUUGAUAUUGUAGCGAUUGAUUUGCCUCCAGAUUUCAGGGGAGCAGCAGCAUCGGAAAUUGCCAUUGGAAAGAAGUAGAACAAAUGUUUUGUAGGUGUUCGAUAUCAUGUAGCAUUGCGGGGCUGAGUAGCAAAGGAAAUGGCAGCGCUGUCUUGGUUUUAUUUUCUUUUACUCCUUAGUUGAAUGUAUCAUUCUAAGCUCCUGAUUUUUCAAUGGGGAGUUACAAACAUGGAGAAAAAAGUAGGCCCAUGUACCACAAUUAAUGGGUAUAGUACGGAUUUCUCAAUAGCAUCCUCUUAAAUGACAUUGGUCCACAUAAAUCAAUUGAUCAAUCUGUGGUUCAGUUUAA